AUGGAUGGAGAGGCCCCCGCUACGCCUGGAGGACAAAAGGUCGCCAACCAGAGGGCAGGAUGGGAAAUGCAGGUGGUCCUCAUACUGUGCCUGCUGCAAGCUGCCAACGCGUUGAAGGGCCCGAGGCUGGUGUCUGGGGAGCCUGGGGGCGCUGUCACCAUCCGGUGUCAUUACACCCCCACGUCCAUCAACAGGCACCAGCGGAAGUACUGGUGCCGCCUCAGCCCCCUGACGUGGCUCUGCCACACCAUCGUGUCCACCAACCACUACACGCACGUUCGCUACAGUGGCCGCGUGGCUCUGGCAGACUUCCCGCACCGCGGCUUGUUUGUGGUGAGGCUGACCCAGCUGUCCCCGGAAGAUGUGGGGGCCUACCGCUGUGGCAUCGGAAACGGGAACAACAUGCUGUUCUUGAGCAUGAACCUGGCCGUCUCUGCAGGUAUGGGUGAGUCAAGCCCCAGAGCGACGCCAGCUGCCAGUGAGCUCGUCAGGAGAUUCUUCGGAACAGCCUCUCCAGCGGCCAACAGAUGGGCCCCAGGAACCACCCAGACUAUAGAAAGGCAGGGGACAGAAUGGGACAGAGUUGCUCUGACUCCAGACACUAGCAAAACAACAGCUUCAGCUAAGGGAAUGCAAACCCCAGGAACCCCUGGGUUGGCGGCUGCAGGGACAGUUAGCCGGGUAGAGAGUUCCAGCUGGGCCACCAUCCCUAUUCCGGAGAGUCCGACUUCAGCAGUUGGAGGGAUGCCCGAUACAGCAGAACGCGAUUGGCUGUGGGGCACCAGGAGCUCAGCAACAAAUAGAGCCGGGGCCAAAGAGGAGGGGAGAGAGACAACCACUGAGGCCAAUAGGCCAAGAGAGGAAGCAGAGAGGGUCAGAAUAGCCCUGGCUACGGCCUGGACAGCCAUAAAGACCAUCGGGCCAUCAACACUGGCCUCAGAGAAAUGGGUGUGGGAAACCCACCAAGCAGCAAGCUUGGUUUCUACGCCACAAGCCCUGGGCUCCAUUGAAGGAACUACUGGAGCCGCAGGUGUGUGGGCCUUAGGGCCCAGCAGCACAGAGAUGUCAUCUGCCGAAGAGAGCACUGAAGGAGACCUAGACAUGCCUGCUGGAGGCAGUGGUCCCCAAACAGCACCAAGCCAGGACCUGGUAGCAGGACCCCUUAGGCCCCCGGGCAAGGGGUCCUCCGUGAAGAGUGCUUCUCCAGAAGAGAAAAACAUCUCUCGGAUGCUGACUCCUGUCUCCGCGGUGCUGUGCCCACUUGCGCUUGUGGCUCUUGUUCUAUUGCAAAGGAAACUGCGGAGAAAGAGGACUUCUCAGGAGACAGAAAAGGCCCCGGGAGUCACCUUGAUUCAGAUGACACAUUUGCUGGGGCUGAGCCUCCAGCCAGAUCAGCUGCCCCAUGUGGAAAGGAAGAUACUCCAAGAGGAUUCUUCUCCUGCCCAUGCCACCAUGAGGGUCCCAGAGAGGGACCCUGGUCCCUGA